AUGCUGAGCCGACGAGUCGUCGGAGCUGCAACGGCGGUGGCCACCCCGCUCUCCUCCAUCCGGGCAAUCAGCACUACCGCCCUACGGCAAACACGGCCGCCUUCGCUUGCCGAUAUCGUGCCCGAUAACCAGGACUCGUUCAACAGCCGGCAGAAGACAUUCCGUGAGCAGUUAGUAGAGGCGCAGAAACAGCGGGAAGCCAGUGCGUUGAAAUCCACCCCUUCCUCCACCUCCGCCGCUCCGCCUGGCUCGUCUCCUGAACCAGGAGUCGCCCAAGGCCUGGGCUCACUAAGCACCGCCCGUGGUACAGGAAAUGCGGCGAAGGCCGCCGAGACCGAGCCCCAACGGAAGCAGGGCCCAUUGACCAACCUGAUCUACGGGACCAAGGAGGGCCGCGAGCUGGAUGCCCAGAUCGAGGCGAGCUUCAGUCAGGUCUUGGCCCGCGGCAAGUAUGUGCACUCGAUCGUGUUCCACGAUGUCAAGUCGGACUCCGUGGACGAGUACGUGGACUUGGUGGGGAAGUGGUACCCCCGCAUAGCGAGCAACCCGGAGAAUAAGGUUCAUCUGGUUGGAAGCUGGCGCACCGAGGUGGGCGACUGCGACACAUUCGUCCACAUCUGGGAAUACCAACGCUAUCAAGGCUUCCACGCCUCUCUUCAUUCCGUCUCCCAGCACCCCGAGUACGCCGCCUACGACAAGAAGCUCAGGUCGCUCAUCAAGGGCAAGAGCACGUCCCUCAUGCAGGAGUUCAGCUUCUGGCCGACGACGCCGCCGCGGCAGCUGGGCGGGCUCUUCGAGCUCCGGUCGUACACGCUGCAUCCGGGCAACCUGCUGGAGUGGGAGACGCACUGGCGGCGCGGGCUCAAGGCGCGGCGUGAGGUGAUGGAGGGUGUCGGGGCGUGGUUCGUGCAGAUCGGAGACCUCAACACGGUGCAUCAUCUGUGGCAAUUCGCCAACCUCGAGGAGCGCAAGGUCCGCAGGGAGCAGAGCUGGAGCAUCAAGGGGUGGAGCGAGACGGUGCACAAGACGGUGCCGCUGAUCCAGGAGAUGAAGAGCAGGAUCCUCAUCCCCAUGCCGUGGUCGCCGGUUGCGUAG